AUGGCAACUUUCACAUUCAAACCCGCAACCAACGUUUUUCACAGACACCACAACAACCUCACAUUCUUCUCCAAUAACCUCACUUCGAACAGAAAUUACCGCAUUUCUCAGAAUAAGACUUUGCGUUUCGUCCCUAAAGUCUCAAUGUCAGCUACACCGGUUCAGACUUUUCUCCAAAAAUCCGAGCCUUCCACUCAGAACACUGCACUUCCAAUAAUGGUUAAUUCAUGUACUGGAAGAAUGGGAAAAGCUGUCAUUAGUGCAGCAGAAGCUGCUGGACUGAACGUUGUGCCGGUAUCGUUUGGGGUUGAAGAGGAAUCAGGACGGACUUUUGAGAUCGGUGGAAGGGAGUUUCUUGUGAAUGGUCCUUCUGAUAGAGAGGGUUUUCUUCAAUCUGUUCUCGAUAAAUAUCCAAAUUUGAUUGUUGUGGACUACACUGUACCAAAUGCAGUCAAUGGCAAUGCAGAGUUAUACAGUAAGGUCGGAGUACCCUUUGUGAUAGGAACCACCGGUGGAGAUAGGGAUUUGCUGCAUAAGACAGUUGAAGAUGCAAAGAAUUAUGCUGUCAUAUCCCCGCAAAUGGGAAAGCAGGUUGUUGCUUUUCUUGCAGCUAUGGAAAUUAUGGCAGAGCAAUUUCCUGGAGCCUUUUCUGGGUAUUCCUUACAGGUAUUAGAGUCUCAUCAAGCAAACAAAGUUGACGCAUCUGGAACUGCCAAGGCUGUGAUAUCUUGCUUCGAUAAACUGGGGGCGUCUUUCGAUAUGGAUCAGAUACAAUUGAUCAGGGACCCUAAGCAACAAGUUGAAAUGGUGGGAGUUCCAGAGGAGUAUUUGUCUGGUCAUGCCUUUCAUAUGUAUCAUUUGGAGUCACCAGACAAAACAGUUUCGUUUGAAUUUCAACAUAAUGUUUGUGGUAGAUCAAUAUACGCUGAGGGCACUGUUGAUGCUGUACUAUUUCUUGCUAAGAAGAUUGAAGCAAAGGAUCCUAAGAGAAUAUACAAUAUGAUUGAUGUCUUGCGAGAGGGUAAUAUGCGAUAA